GAGGCGGGUCCCGGGUACGAACGGGGCGGCUCGCCGACGGCGCAGUUCCUGGUUUGCCGGCCGGGGAUGGAGCGGCUCCGCGCGCUGUGGUGCCUGCUGUGGUGCCUGCUGCGGCCGGCGGCGGCGCGGCCCCCCCCGCACCUGGUGCUGGUGCUGGCCGACGACCUGGGUUGGGGCGACGUGGGCUGGCAUGGCUCGGCCAUCCGGACGCCGCGGCUGGACGCGCUGGGGGCGGGCGGCGUGCGGCUGGAGCGCUACUACACGCAGCCGCUGUGCACGCCGUCCCGCAGCCAGCUCCUCAGCGGCCGCUACCAGAUCCACACGGGUUUACAACACCAAAUAAUUUGGCCGUGCCAGCCCAGCUGUCUACCACUUGAUGAGAAACUCCUCCCAGAGCUGCUUAAAGAUGCAGGAUAUGUUACUCACAUGGUGGGGAAGUGGCAUUUAGGGAUGUAUAGGAAAGAAUGCCUCCCAACCCGCAGAGGAUUUGAUACUUACUUUGGUUAUCUUCUGGGGAGUGAGGAUUAUUAUUCUCACGAUCACUGUGUGCUCAUCAAAGCAAAGAAUGUAACACGCUGUGCUCUGGACUUCCGCGAUGGAGAAGAAGUUGCAACUGGAUUUAAGAACAUGUACUCCACGAAUUUAUUUACAGAAAGAGCUAUAGACCUUAUAGCCAAUCAUAAAACUGAGAAGCCCCUCUUUCUCUACCUUGCUUUUCAGUCUGUCCAUGAACCUCUUGAGGUUUCUGCGGAGUACAUGAAACCAUAUUCCUCCAUUAAAGAUGUCAAGAGGCGCCGUUACGCAGGAAUGGUGUCUCUUAUGGAUGAAGCUGUAGGAAAUCUUACUGAUGCUCUGAAAGAAUACGGUCUUUGGAACAACACUGUUCUUGUUUUCUCUACUGAUAAUGGAGGACAGACUAUGGCAGGUGGAAAUAACUGGCCACUUAGAGGAAGAAAAUGGACCCUCUGGGAAGGAGGAGUUAGAGGAGUAGGCUUUGUUGCAAGUCCAUUACUGAAGCAAAAAGGUGUAGAAAGUCACGAACUUAUCCAUAUCUCUGACUGGCUGCCAACACUGGUGCACCUUGCUGGAGGACAUACCAAUGGCACAAAGCCUUUGGAUGGCUUUGAUGUUUGGAAAACUAUCAGUGAAGGAAGACCUUCCCCCAGAGUGGAACUGCUUCAUAACAUAGAUCCCAUGUUUGUGGAUGAUUACCCAUGUCUUGGCAUUGACAACAGGACAUCUUUACCACAAACCAAUUCUUUUCCGUGGGAUAAUACACUUUUCAAUAUCUCCGUGCAUGCAGCAAUCCGUCAUGGAAAAUGGAAGUUACUAACUGGAUACCCAGGCUGCGGUCAUUGGUUCCCUCCACCAUCUUUGUCCAGUGAGUCACAGAUUCAGUCAUAUGAUCCACCAAUGAAGAGACUUUGGCUGUUUGAUAUUGUUCGUGAUCCUGAAGAGAAAUAUGAGUUGUCUGAAAAAUAUCCUCAUGUGGUGAAAAAGCUGCUCUCACGUCUUCAGUAUUAUUAUAAACGUUCAGUGCCUGUAUUCUAUCCUGAUGAGGAUCCCCAGUGUGAUCCAGCAGCAACUGGGGUCUGGGGUCCUUGGGCAUAGUGCACAGCACUGUAUACUGUAAAACAUACCUGCAGUAGUGUUUGAUUUAUGGACUUCAGAAUCUUAGUCACAUCUAUCUUACCCUGUUACACUAUUGCUAAUUGUGAAUACUCUUAAAAUACGGUCAGAAUCUUAUUUCAGUCCUUCCCACUCUCUCUUUCCCAGUUAUUGUUUGUGAAAUAUUGAUAAAAUUAUAAAUCUGUUGUUCAAGUAUUCUUUUUUAACAUUAUGCCCUUAAAGCAGAAAGUAAAAUGUUUCCUCCUUCUCUGGAAGGGAUUACUUUUGUUAAAAAGCUGCAGUGAGUCAUGGCAGCAGAAACCUUCAGAAUUCUCCUGUGGAAUAAACAGAUUUUUUGUUUCAUGUUUACCCAGGAGACAAAUUCUACUGAAAGCUGUUACAUUACCUACUAAAAAAUAAAAAAUACAUCAGUUGAUAUUACAGUCUUUGCCUUUGACAUACACCUCUACCUAGCAAAGGCAACAGGUACAAUUCUGACAGUAAGAAAAGAACCCUCAACCUCUAAUAAUACAGCAAAAUCCUGAAUUCCUGUUCAUUGUUAACACAUCAAACUGGAGUAAAGAGUGGUGUUCAGCUAGAGGGCAGAGCUGGCAGGCAGAAAGGCCUUGACAGGCUGAAGAAAAAGCUGAACCAAAAAAGUCACAAAGUUCAACAGAAGGCAAGUAUAGUGCUUGCGGUAGAAUAACCCCAUGCAGGGUCAUGCUUGGCUCUGACUAGACAGAAAGCAUUUUCGUGGAAAAGAACCUGGGUGCUCUACUGGACAACAAAUUGAAGAGGAGUUGCCACAUUCUCUCUUGGUGAAGAAGACCAAUCACUAGUUUAUCUAUAUGGGCAUGAAUGUACCCAGCACAUAAACAGAACUGUUUAUUCUCUUCUGCUCUGCAGAGUGUUUUGGGUUUCCCUGUGCAUGGGAGAUAGUGGCAUACUUAAGGGCCAGGUAUAUGAUCAUUUGGAGGAGAACAAAUAAGGAGAGGUUAAAGGAAUGGGCUACCUUAGACUGGAGAAUAAAGUAAGGGGAGACUUCUAUCUUUAACUACCUAAUGUGAGGACAUAGAGAAGAUGAAUGGUAUGGAAACUCCCAUCAGAGAUGCACGAAGAUAAGACGCCCACAGAGAGUUCUCAUUCAAUAUAAGAAAAAAAAAAAUCACAGAGAAGGUAGUCAAAUAUUGGAACUGUGAGACAACGGUAUCCCCAUCUUCAGAGAUGUUCAAACUUGGGUUGAAGGAGACCGUGAACAAUAUUAACUAACUCUGAUGUUGGGUCUAACUUGAAGUUAGGCCUACUUUUGUGGGGAAAAAACAUCAUUUCCAAAGGGCCUUUCAGCAUGCAUUAUUCAAUCAUUCUACAAUUAAAAAAGUCUUACUGCCUGCCAUUGUGAUGAGUAACUACUCAUAUUUUAUUUCUUCAUCGUUGUAGAAGAGACUGUUUUCAUCUUGAAGUGGGCUUUGAGCCAUGAAGAAACCAGACCAACCAACAUUUCUCAGUUACUCAUCAAAUUGAUGCAAAAUCAACCUACCAGCUUUCUUAAUGCAUCAAGUCUCUGGAGUCUGGCCAGAGUUCUGGUAUUACUUCUCACUGUCCCUAGCCAAGUUCUCAGGCUGCAAAGCUUCAGCUGUCACCCUAUCAAGAAAGUAGGGAUCUAAUGGCCUAUUUUCAGUGUCUAGGACAAAGUCCAGUAAGUUUUCCAGACAUUUUUGCCAUUUUCCCUCAGGAAGUGUGCUCAUUAUUAGCAAACAGAUUCACAAGGAAUGAGAAUUAACAGAAUUAGCACAUUUUUAAAAUAAAAAGAUAAGCCAGUGAAAAGGUAAAAUCAGGAAAACUGAAAUGUAUGUGAAAAUAAACAGAAAAUUCUUUCUGAUAAAGGUGAUUUUCUGUUACACUGUCUUAAAUCUAGCUUGUCUUUUGCACCUUCUGUGUGUUCCCAAAAGCAGAAAUGAUGCCAAAGCUCUCCAAAAGGCUGUUUAUCAGUACACCUUUUUUUUUUCCCCAGUCUUUUGUCCUUGCCACUUUUAUUCAUUUAUUUCAGUAUUUUUUCUAUUCUAUGUAGAAUCACAGAAGGUUGGAAAAGACCUCUAAGAUCACAUAAUCCAACCAUCCCUCAUGCCUAUCAAACCGUGUCCCGAGUGUCACAUCUCCACAUUUCUUGAUGACUUCCAGGGACGGUGACUGUACCACCUCCCUCGGCAGCAUACUUCAAUGCCUCACCACUCUUUCUGUGAAGAAUUUUUUUCCUAAUAUCCUACUUGAACCUCUCCUGAUGCAACUGGAGACUAUUACCUCUUGUCCUGUCACUGCCUGGGAGAGGAGGCUGACUGCCACCUUGCCACAGCCUCCAUUCAAGGAAUUGUAGAGAGCAAUAAGGUCUUCCCUGAGCUUCUUCCUCUCCAGAUUAAACAAUCCCAGUUCCCUCAGUUGCUCCCUGUAAGACUUGUGCUCCAGAUCCUACACAGCUUUGCUGUCCUUCUUGGGACACACUCCAGGGUCUCAGUGUUUGUCUUUAUUUCUCUUCAGCCUUGAAGUUGGGGAAAGAAGAAAACUAGUUAAGGAGAAAACAAUUAUUCUACACUGGGGAAACCUAUAUUCCAUGUGGUUUGAUUGGAUAGUUUCUGGAACCCUGUGUCAAAACAAGGUUGAGAGUCCUUUUCCAUUCACCUGUCCUUGGCUGAAAGCAGAUGUUUACAGGAGAGUAUAAGUGGAGCAAGCAUAUGUGUUAAGUUCUCCAAAUUGUCUCUGGGUUUAAAGUAUGGCUCACAGUCUCAGAGAUUUAACUUUCUUGCAUUUAGUUGCCUUCAGUGCCUCAAUAAAAAUAUUUUACCUUUUA